UUAUGUAUAAGAACCUUAGAUCUAUUGAUUUUUUUCGUCUUUAUUUUUUGUUCCGCGUCUAAUAAUCGAUUGCCUGCAACGGCGGCGGCGGGUGCCGGGAAACGAAAUGUAUAUAGGUACCGGCAAAAGGGCGCAGCUUUAUUAUUCUUUGUCGCGUUUUUUUUCUUUUUAUUUAUCUCCUAAACAAACGUCACGGUCGCAAUAUAGUAUUAGCUAAAGAUAACGAGAGCACACUCACAUACGUAAAUACUGUGCGUGUGGUGUAUACGUGGUGUCUGAAGUUCCUAAAAGUGAUCGCAGAAAAUUAUCCGCCUUAUCUCUCGAUAAUAAUAAUAAUAAUAAUAGGUCUUGAGAACACUUCGAAUCUUCUCUACUCUAAAAACACAAUAAUUCGUCGCCGUCGUUAAUCUUGUCUCUUCGGCGUUCGAUAUCGGUUGGUCGUCAUGCGUUAUUGUAACACUGCCGCCGUGCACUUUCUGCUGUGAUAUUGUUGCGACGUUAUGGCUCAAAACGGAUAUCCACCGGCUGUGCACAAGGUCUGAAAUGUCAUCGGAAAUGUUGCGCGUAGACAAUCUGCGACAGAGGUUAUUCUGCAAUUCCGUGUUGGACACGAAAAGAGAAAGCCGGUGUCCCGUGUGUAACGCCAUGUUUUCGACCACGUACAGUAUGCGUCUGCACUUGCAGACCGUCCACAUGGACUUAAAACCACAAAACCUGACCUCCAAAACGUUUUAUCGCGAGUUCAAUAACAACAAUAGCAUAAACAAUAAUAACAAUAACAGCAGUAAUAACAACAACAACAAUAACAACAGCGUGGCUUUUGCUGCAAAGUCUCCGGCAAAAUCAGCGUCCUUCAACAACAGCCCGGAACUAGCGCACGUCACACCCGUAAAGUCUUCGUACAACGGUGACUCGACGUGCAGCACGGACUUUAGCGAUGGAUAUCCGUCGGAUAAGGACUCGUAUUUUGGCGGCUCGCCCAAGGACGAAAUCCCUCUGUCCGUGGCCGGUGGCGGUUUUAUGUCGCACUCGCCGGCUAACAAGCGGAGCAGCAACGGUCACAUGAAGGCCAAGCGCACGUACGCGUGCAGGCUGUGCUCGACCGUGUUCGGCAACCUGCGGGCGCUCAAAGGUCACAAUUCGUCCAGCCACAAUAAGUCCACCAACGGCAUGUACGCGUGCAAUAUAUGUGAAUUCGCUAGCACCGAAAAGGCGUCGCUGAACCAUCAUAUGAAGGGCCACACAGGCGAGACGCCGUACGUGUGCUAAAAGUGUUCGUACGCGUUCACCACAAAGGCCAACUGCGAACGGCACCUGCGCACCAUACACAAGGCAUCUAACGCCGAAGUGAAGGCGUCGAUACUAUUCAAGAACGAGGAGAAACCGGCUGGGUCCGCGCAGUCGACCAACGAUGAGGCAACCGCCGACAAGAACGAAGAACUGUACCACCACCUGCGCUUGCAACACCACAACCAAACGACGACGGACUAUUCCCAGUACGAAUCGUCCGGCCAAAAGAGCUCGGAAGACGACGAAGACGAGUACGAUGAGCCGCUGGACCUGAGCAUGAAGCGUUUCAAACAAGACUUGGACUGCGAGCCUCAAGAUUUGUCCAUCAACAGCAAGAGGUCGUCGCCAAACGCCGCCGCCACUGCCGGUGAUCACACGGACGAGGAGGACGUCAAACAAAACUCGACGAUGGCGUUCCGAGAUCAAUUCGUACCACACGCCCCGCCCGGCUUCAUGGACCUGUCGUUACCCACGCCUCUGCACGCGUAUUUCCUCAAUGAGCACCGCAUGUUCUUCAAUGGAAUGUACCCGGCCGCGGAACGCAUGCUACCCAUACCACUUACCGUCGACAUGAUCCGCGCAAUGCGGCAGAUGAACGAACCGGUGGUCGUCCCUGCUCAAGAAGCGGCAGACCCCGUCGUCCCACCCAAGUCAGAGACACCUGAGCCCGCUACCGUGCCGCCUCCACCACCGGCACCACCGUCUGUGGACGUUGCACAAAAACCAAAGGACAGCAACGGGUUGAGGUUGGUUAUGAAAAACGGUAUUCUGGUGCCCAAACAGAGACGGUUCAGGACGGACAGGCCACAUGUCUGCGAGACGUGCAAACGUGCGUUCACGUUGAAAUCAAAUCGAGACCGGCACGUCAAAAACCAACACCCGACCGAUUGGCACAAGAAACCAAGGUCGUUGUCGUCCAAGUCAGAACCGCAAUUCUCGACCGUCAAGCAAGAACAGCAGGACACGUCGCCGAUAUCGGAUCAAGUGAAAAUGGCCUUGUCGCUGAAAUGCCGGCCGUCAGAACAGCUGCUGCGGACCGAAGACGAAGUGGACGAGGAUGAAGAAGAUGAAGACGUAGUGGAAGAGGAGGACAAACUCGUCAUAGUAGAAGACGGCGUAGAGCACAACAAACCCACCGGAAUCAAGGAAAAGUGCUCAGAGGUCAAAGAGGAAUCCGCUGAUCUGGUCAGCGUGUCCAGAUUGUUGGACAACGCUUCACACCAGACAUUUCCGCAAUUCACCAGAUCCGACGAGGACCACAAUGAGGUGACCAGCAGUGAAGAAGAGCACAGCGAGGCUGCAAGCUAUUCCGAAAACGACGGUUCUAGUGUCAAUGCCGUCAACAACAACAUCGACAUAAAUUUUAACACGGAUAAGGACGAAAACCGGGAGAAGCGGAAGAAGGUCAGUGCGUACGCAGCCGCGCCCAACAGAGUGCUGUGCCCGUUCUGUUACCUUUCGUUCCCGUGGACUUCAUCGCUGAAACGGCACAUCCGCACUCACACGGGCGAAAAACCGUACCAGUGCAAACACUGUCCGCUGUCAUUCUCGACCAAGUCAAACCGCGACCGGCACAUCCUGCGCCUGCACUGCACGCCGCCCAGCAAGUCGGCCGCGUCGUCCGACAACGAGACGACCGCCGCUGUGCCGUCCGACGCUAAGAACGCGUACAAGUGCACGUCAUGUCCGAACGUGACGUUCUCCAAGCGGAAGAACCUGAUCAGCCACAUAAAUCGGGUGCACUUCGACAAGAACGGCCCCGGCGCUGGAGAGGACGACGAACGAGGCGGUGACGGUACCGAGGACGACGGUGGCGAGUCGGAACGUGACUACUCGAUGGCCAUGUUCAAUGGAUGGUGCGGUAACAACUCGGCCCCGGCGACCAGUACGCCAAACACCACCACCCCGUCAGCCACUUCCGCCGCCGCCGCCGCCGCCGCUGCCACCACCCCGUCCAACACGGUCACCGGAUCCGAACCGUGUUUCAAGUGUCACCUGUGCGACAGCAGCUACCUGGACAGGCAGGGCGCCCUGGACCACAUCCGGAUCGACCACGCCGAGUGUUACGAGAUACUAGUGUCGCAGGGGGCCAUGGACAACGACCAUGACUCGUCAGCCGUCAAACAAGACGACGUGGAAAACAGAAAGGUCCUGUGCGCGUUCUGUCUGCACCGUUUCUACUCGGCUGAGGACCUGCGUCGCCACAUGCGCACCCAUACCAAGGAACAGCCGUUCGCGUGCCUGUCGUGCAAGCGCCGGUUCACGCUCAAGCACAGCAUGGUCCGGCAUAUAGCCAAAAAACACGGUGGCUGCCAAGACCAGCCAACCUAUGCGGGUGGUGGUGGCGGCACUGGAGGUGGAAGUGACCACGAGCGGAGGUCCUCCAGUCCUCCGAGCACCCCCCCGCCGACGGGUCCGGUCAUCGGUUACGAGGACUGCUGCGGCAACCGUACGGACACGGGCCUGAUCGGCACGCUGCUCGGCAUUCGUGACAGCACUGUCAUCGACCAGGUGUUGCAGACAAAGUCUCCCGAAGACGCUGCCAAAAUGUUGGGAAUUUAGAGCAGCAGCGACUAGAGAUCGAAAGCCGCCGGGUCCGAUCCACUUGUAUGAUAAUUUUGUCAAUAAUUUUACACACAUAUUAUUAUUAUUAUUAUAAACCAUACCUACUAUACAUAGAGAUAGAGAGAGAGAGAGAGGAGCGUGUUGUCGGCAGACGACGCUUAAAAUAUUAUAGUGUUAAGUAUAAAUUAUUAUUAUCGUGUUACAAUAAAUUAUAUUAUAAGAAAAUACUCGUUUUGCCGUAUACUACUACUCGUGUGUACUCCAAUCGUGGUAUUGGCUGACCGUUGUUGCCUUAUUAAAUUUUAGUCGAUAUUAUUGUAGAGAUUGGCCACCGAGCGUCUACAAUAAUAUCAUUAUUAUUAUUAAUUUUAUUCUAAGAACUUAAAUUGUAAUUAAAAUUGUUUAUUAUUGAAACGGUUACGUAUCCGUUGUGUAUCGUUAGAGUAGUCGUAGUAAUAUAGGUAAGUCUAGUAAUACAUAGUUGAUAGUUUCGUCGGUGGUGUAAUGGAUGAGACGGAGUCGGUAUCGAAAAUGAGAAAUUGCGUUGGCGUUUCUGCUUUUCGAUACCGACUCGGUCUCCGAAGUCGUUUUUGACGUCUACGUCCCUUCGAGGGAAAACGACCUUGUCGACCGCUCCUGAGGUCCUCGGUGACUAUGAUAUAAAAAAUAUACUAUAUCGGUUUUUUUUUUAUCAUCUUAUUUCGCGUACGACGGCGUCCACCGCGUUACCGGUAAUUUUACGUUUUUUUUUUUUUUAUUACUUGUUUGUUCUUUCUUUCGUUUUGUGUGUUCCUUAUUCGGUACGCUCUCCCGUGAACUUCUCGAGUUCGCGUUUUCUCGCUCAUCGCCAAGCGAGUCAACGCGCACUCGACAGUCUCGGAUUUAAAGGUUUUUUUCCUCUCCGCAUAAGCUCUUCGUCUUUUACGGGAACUCCCGAAAUAGUCGAAAAUAUUAUUCGGCAGGAAAAUCUUUCGACUAGCGUCCAUACUCUCUCAUCGUGUUCAAUUUCGUUGGGUCCGACGUCGAUCGCCGGAUUGACGCGCAACCAAACGUACACGCGCGCUCAUUGGUUCCCAAGCCUGGUCGACAAA